GGCGAGGGCAAGAACCGGACGCACUGUCGACUCUCGGUGAGAGGUGCACAGCGCGCCGCCCGAUGGUUCGACGACGACGACGACGUCACUGGUCCUCAGCGUCAGCCUCAGCCUCAGCCGGAGGCCGGCCGUCCGCCCUGCCCGAUCGCCUCUCCUUUAACGAACCCGCCUGAAGCGAGGCCGAGGCCGAGGCCAUCGAGGGCAGUGCAGCGACGAGAGACGACGUGGUGA